AUGGCGCAUGUCGUGGACUCGCGGAUCCUCUUGCACGUGAAUGUGAACCUCGACAUCUCUAAUUCUGUGUUUUCUCCCAGCCCUGUUCUCCCCAGCUGCCCUCCAAGAUUGUGUCCUUUAUCCUUUGGCGAAGGAGUUGAGUUUGACCCUUUACCACCAAAGGAAAUAAGGUACACGUCCUCGGUUAAAUACGACUCGGAGAAGCACUUCAUUGAUGACAUCUAUAUGCCAGUGGGCUUAAGCGUUUCUUCUUGCAGUCAGACGGUCAUCUGUGUCCCAAACUGCACGUGGCGCAAUUACAAAGCGGAGGUCCACUUCGAGCCCCGCAACAAGCCCCAGCGUUUCACCAGCACCACCAUCAUUUACCCGAAGCACGCCAAGACUGUGUACACCACCACGCUGGAUUACAACUGUCGUAAGACCAUGCGGCGGUUCCUCUCCAGCGUAGAACUGGAAACUUCGGAGUACCUGGGGAACGACUGUGUCCUGGAUGGUUGCUGA